UUAGGCUCUGGAUUCAGACACCUCUGGGCUGGGAGCCCAGCUCUGCACCUUGCUAGCUGUGUGAUGUUGGGCAGCUUACUCCACCUCUCUGGGCCCCAGCUCCUGGUAUAACGUGGGGAGCAUUACGGGAGAAAGUGCAAAUGUGCAGGACGAGGCCCAGCCUGCCUGUCUGCACUCCCUCAGGAUGGCAGUUAUUGCUAUUUAUAUGUACCCGCUCCUUGAAGCCCUGUCUGGCAGCCCCCCUAAGUGAGUGUCUGCUCUGUUUCUAGAAAGGAUUGAGGCCAAAGGGGUGAAGCACUGUGUCUAAAGCCCCAGAUGGGGGACUUCCCGGCAGUCCAGUGGUUAGGACUCUGCACUUUCACUGCCAAGGGCUCAGGUUCCAUCCUUCCUCAGGGGAACUGAGCCCGCACAAGCUGCUCAGUUCAGUCAAAAUCAGGAACCAUAGAUGGAGGUGGUGGGAUGCUCCAGGGCCCAAGUGGUCUCCAUGCCCGAGCCCCCACCAUUGUGCCUUCCUUCUCCAAAGUGCAGAGGGCAGAGCUCCCUGGAUGAGGAGGUGUUCCAGCAUUGGACUAGAGGAAGGGGAAGGCCCAGUACUGGUUUGGGGCAGGUUCCCUCUGUCCUCCGCCUUGGCCCGCCCUGCGCAGCACUGGAAUUCCCACAACUCCUGCCACGUGACCCGCUCUGUCCCUGAUGGGACUGUAUGUGGAACAAGGCUGUUUUCCGGGAAACUGUGCUGUGGAGGAGAAGAGCCCGGGUUUCCAGGUCGGGAAAGUCCCGGGUCUGAAGCAAUUCAUCUUGCAUCACCACCAAAAACUGCUGCCAGAAACUGCUGCCAAAAACUGCUGUGGAAAGUCUGACAGGCCUAAUCCCACCCCCUACCCCACCUCCUGCCGCCUCAGUUUCCCUUUUUGCAGGGGUGGAUCACCCUGUCUGCCUUGCAGGGCUGCUGCAGGGGCGAGUUGAAGCCGUGCUGUAUGAGUCACGACUUGGUGUAUUUACUCUUGGGUGGUGGGGCAGGCCCUGUUGUUAUGGGUCACCCCAGUUACCAAGGAGGCCCGUUCCCCUCUGCUCCCCUUUCCCAGCCCUGCCCCACUCCCUUCCUUAGGGUCAGCUGCGUUCUCCUCCACCCGUCCGGGCCUGGCUUCCCCGACAAUCAAGGCGCCGGGGCGGGUGCUGCCUCUCUGGAUGGUGGCGGUGCCCAGUGCCUGGUGAGCUGAGUUCCAGGCUGUUGACCAUGGGGGCAUUUUAAACCUCUCUGAGCUAGUUAUGUGAAAUGAGGAAAAUAGCACCCCUCCUGGAAGGCAGUGGGGAAGUGAUGGGAUGGGCACUCAGGAAGGGCUCAGGAAAUGGAAGCUUCUGUGGUGGUUUCCUCACCCCAGUUGGGGAGCAGGAAGGGUGUGGGUGCAGUGGAGCUGUGAAGCUGGAGUUUCCUGUCUGAGCUGCUAUGUGACCUCAGACAGGCCUGCGCCUCCUUGGGCCACUUGUCCCUCCAACCUGGGAAAGGGCUUGAGGGGGCACUGUGGUUUCUGUAGACCUGAGCCCCCCAAGGUCAUAACUGGUGCCUGGCCCUGCCUGCCUCGUGGUCCCAGCGGGAGCAGCCCUGUUUCUGCUCAUCACAUUCCUCUGGGACCCCAAGCCACAGGAGUCGAGAGAAGAGCCGAGCAGAACGGAGGAUGGGGCUGGGCCGGAUUCCUGCCUCAGCCCAGCCCCUAGCGCCCUGUGACUGUUCUCGACCUCAGUUCUCACUCUGUGCAAUGGACCAGCAGCCGAGCUCUGCCCCCACCCUCAGGGUCCCAGGGGAGGUGGCCCCAGACAGGAGCAAAGAGGCCGGCAAGAAGAAGAAGAAUUGGAAAGACCGGGUCACCAACUUCUUCACCAAAGGGAGGAAGAAGAAGGGUCAGCCCAGCUUAGCAGAGGCUGAGGGUGAGCCUGAGUCCAGUCCACAGCCGCCUGCCCAGGUGCCUACAGUGGAGGAGCUCAAGGCCGACCUGGAGCGCGGGCGGCUGGAGGCGGCGGGGCCGCUGCUGGCGCUGGAGCUGGAGCUGCAGGAGGCCUCGCCGGGCCUCGCGAGCGCGGAGGAGCUGGUGCGGCGCCAGAGCGAGGUGGAGGCGCUGUACGCGCUGCUGCGCGACCAGGUGCUAGGGCUGCUGCGCCGGCCGCUGGAAGCGGCGCCCGAGCGGCUGCGCCAGGCGCUGGCCGUGCUGGCCGAGCAGGAGCGCCGGGACCGCGCGGCGGCGGCGGCGGGGCCCCCGGGGUGCCCGGGGCUGGCGGCCACGCGGCCCCGAGGCUGGCUGCAGCUGUGGCGGGACGGCGUGGCGCAGGCGGCCGCGGAGCGCCUGAGCCGGCGGCCGGCCGCGGACGCCGAGGGCCGCACGGAGGCCGAGCGCGCCUUCCUGCACAUGGGCCGCACCAUGAAGGAGGACCUGGAGGCCGUGGUGGAGCGCCUCAAGCCGCUCUCCCCCGCCGACUUCCGCGUGGUGGCCGCCUACGCCGAGAGCUACCACGCGGAAUUCGCGGCCCAGCUGGCGGCCCUGACGCAGUCGGAGCUGUGCCCGCGAGACACCUACAUGCUGCUGCUCUGGGUGCAGAACCUCUACCCCAACGACAUCCUCAACAGCCCCAAGCUGUCGCCCGAGCUGCAGGGAGUCAGACUGGGGACCCUCCUGCCCCCGACCCAGAUCCGGCUGCUAGAGGCCACGUUCCUCUCCAACGAGGUGGCCAUUGUGAGGAAGUGGAUGGCCCGAGCUCUGGAGCUGGAGUCAGAGCGCUGGACCAAGGAUGAGGCCCCACAGAGGCUGGACGGCCGCUGCCACAGUGAGCUGGCCAUCGACAUCAUCCAGAUCAUUUCCCAGGGCCAGGACAAGGCUGAGAGCAUCACCCUGGACCUGGGCACACAGAUAAAGCCCUUCUUGUUGGAAGAGCUGGCCAGGUUCCUCAGGAGCUACCAGCGCGCCUUUGAUGACUUUCUGGAGCGAUGCAGACAGCUGCGAAAUUACAGGGCCAAUGUCAUCGCUAACAUCAACAACUGCCUCCCUUUCCGGACGUCCGUGGAGCAGCAGUGGCAGACAAGGCCAGACCUCCGGAGCUCCCUGCUGAGGCCCCUGAAUGCGCUCCAGAGCCGUGGCUUUGAUACCCUGCUCCAGAGCCUGUUUGGGGACCUGAAGCCGCUGUUCAAGAGGUUCAUGCAGCCCCGCUGGGAUGCCCCCCAGCAGACCCUGGAGGAAAUCCUCUCCAUCGUGGACAAGAGGAUGCCCGAGUUCUCAGAGCUGCAGGACUGCUUCCAGGAGGAGCUGCUGGAGGCGGUCCACCUGCACCUGGUGAAGGAGUACAUCACCCGCCUCUGCAAGCGGCGCCUGGUCCUCAAGACAGCGGAGCAGCAGCAGCAGCUGGCGGGGCUCGUCCAGGCCAAUGCCCAGCACAUCCAGCAAUUCUGCGCCCAGAAUGGCUCCCGGGCCACCUGGCUGCACCACGCCCUCCCCAUGCUUGCCGAGAUCAUUCGCCUGCAAGACCCCAGUGCCAUCAAGAUCGAGGUGGCCAUGUACGCCAUCUUGUACCCUGACUUCAGCAAAGACCACCUGAGUGCCAUCCUGGCCAUCAAGGGGAACCUGUCCAGCAGUGACACCAAGAGCAUCAGGAGCGUUCUGGACAGCAACACGGGGGCACACGAGCCCUCCAAGGCUCUAUUUUCGCUUAUAAAGGUUGGUUAUCUUUUCCCGUGUCCUAACCUCCUUAGGAGCGCCUGGCGAGCAUGGGACACCACUCUGUUUAGGGGCUGUCAGACCAGCACCAGCGUCACAGCCCCAGGCGGCCCCUCCGGGUGUUGUGCCUUCUGCUGCUGCUGCUGCCCAGGCCUGGCCAAGGAGUGGGCCCCUGAGCCCCUGGAACUGGAACAGCUGUGUCCUGAUGACCCCUCCUGUGGGGCAGGAGCCGUUGAGGGAAGCUCUGUGGAUGAGAGUGGAGCUUGCAUGCCCUGAAGGAGGGGUCAGGAGGGUGUGUGGCUCGGGGACCCAGCUCCGGGAUCACCGCCUGUCCGCGAGGUCCUGCCACACCUGCCUGAGGACCACCCUGCUCAGGCUGGGUCUCCGGCCUCCCCAGCUCCUGAGCAGGCCCAAGCCUCACCCCUCCUGCCUGCUCUGGUCCAGGGCUGUGUCGAGCCGGCCUCAGCCUGAGUAGAGCAGAAGGAAGAGCUGGAGGAGAAAGGGGAAGAUGAGCUCCUGUCUGGGAAGGUGGGGGGGACUCGAAAAGGGCCUGUGGGAGGACAGGGCAAGUGGGGCAAAGCCAGUGUCCGAGCCCCCGACCCCUCUCAUUCCCCUCGGUGUCCCCUGAGGAUGGGCCUGGGAUGGCCAGGACCUGCUGGGUUUUCUCCGGCUCUGCCUCCCCUGACAAGGGGCCGACCCAGGGAUGCCUCUAUGGGUCCUCCCCUGGAAGUCAGGCUGAGGUCGGGGCAGGGCCAUCUUGACCUCUGACCCCUUGGCUCUGGGUCAGUUCCCUGUUGCCAAUAUAACAAACUUCCACAGCUUGGAAGCCUAAAACAAGUACUUGCUUUCAGUUCUGGAGGUCAGCAGUCUGACGUGGGUGUGGUGGGCUGAGGCAGGCGGUUCCUCUGGAAGCUCUGGCAAGGAAGUUCCUUGCUUUUUCCAGUUUUUAGAGGCCAGCCUCCCAAGUUUCUUGGCUCGUGGCCCCCUUCCAUUUCCAAAACCAGCAACGGCCUGUCAAAUCCUUUUUGCAUCUCAGCCUUCUCCUCCUACCUCCCUCCUCCAGUUUAAGGCCCCGGUGGUGACUUUUAACACACCAGACAAUGACCUUUGACCUACCCAGGCACUCCAGGAUCCUCUUCUGAUGUUAAGGUCAGCUGAUUAUUAAUUCCACCUGACAACCUUAAUUCCUCUGCCGUGGAAACUAACAUAGUCAGCGGCCCAGGGAUUCGGAUGUGAGCAUCUUUAUGGGGUGGACAUUAUUUUGCCCAUCACAGCCUUCACCCUGUGGAGUGCCUUAUCCUCCCCAGGAAAGCAAAGGUUCACUCACCCUCCUUGGCCUGGGGCAGUUGAGACGAAGGCGUGACCCACCCCGCCUGUGCCUGCGGGAACGCCCCUCUGUGACUGGGUUUGUAGCCGGCUCUCUUGGACUUGUUCCCCUCUUUCCAGGUACUGUGGCCAGAAAUUGGCCCGUGUAAAUGGUUCACGAAGGCCUUUGUACAUUUGUAGAAGUUUGCAGGUUUGAUGUUAUUAUUGUAUGAUAGUAUGCUUUUGUAUGUUUUUUUAAGAACAAACUCUUGGUUUUCAUAGCUUAAUAUAAAGCUGAUUUCAAAA